AUGCCGAUCUUGGACGCAGAGUGUGUGUUGGUCGGCGAAACUUAUCUAGUAAGAGGAAGACGAGGUCGUUGGAGGAAUGCAACAGUGUUGGAUAAACGUGGAACAGGGAACGGUUCCAUUGAACUUUACAUGCAUUUUGAUGGUGAUGACAGAAGACUGGAUCGUUGGAUAGAUUCGAGCAGAGUCAAGGUUACAAAAGUGAAGUAUAUUGAAGUGGUCCGUUAUGGUGAAUUUGAAAUAGACACGUGGUAUGUCUCUCCUUAUCCGGAUGAAUAUGGUAAGGAAAGAUAUUUAUUUAUUUGUGAUUAUUGUUUCUUAUAUGUGCGUCAGGAACGAGCUUAUAAAAUGCAUUUAAGUUCGUGUACUGUAAGGCAUCCCCCGGGUAAAGAAAUUUAUCAUGACACUAUCGAAAAUAUUGUUGUAUAUGAAGUUGAUGGAAGCAAGGAAAGAGUAAGUGUUUCCUACAUCAUUGUCUUAGAUGUUCUUAUAAGAAAGGAGAAAAAAACCGCUAUGUCGCUUCUCGUUUUUCGUCCUCUGCAUUUUCUUUUCUAUCUGAUCAUGGAAAUUCUUAGAUUGUUUUAUUCAAAAAUUCCAGGUAUUCGUCCUGUUGGCUACUUUUCGAAAGAACGUAAUUCUUCCGAUGGACAUAAUCUAAACUGCAUUCUGGUUUUUCCGCCGUUUCAGCGACAAGGUUAUGGAAGCUUUCUGAUUCAACUAAGUUAUGAACUUUCGCGCCGAGAAGGCGUCAACGGAUCACCUGAGAAGCCUCUAUCCGAUCUUGGUUUGAUGAGCUAUCGUCAUUUCUGGGCCUAUAUGAUUGUGGAUCACCUUAUGAGUCUUAUGGAUAUGUCAUGGAUUCGAAUUACUGAGUUAGCUAACAUGCUUGGUAUGUGGAGAAUACAAAUGUUGAAAUUGCGUAUGCAGGUCGAUGAUGUCAUCGUUACACUUAAGUGGCUUAAACUUUAUGAGCCUUCUUCAAUCGCAGAAACACCGGAAGGUAUCGAGCCAUGGAUUAUCAUGGAAGAAGUAGAAAAUGAAGAGAAAGCAUUACAGAAUGGAGCUCGUAGUGUUCCAGAGCAACAAAAUGUGACAGCUGCUAUUAAUGGGUCUAGCGAUGCUGUGGAUUGUGGAGGUGAAACAGCUGAAGGCUCAUCCACGGAAACCUCUGUAGGAGCUGUCGAUACUGCUCGAACGUCACCCAGAUGUAAUGAAGAACCCGAUUCUAGAAAUCGAACUUUCACAGUGACGGGUUUAAGACAUCCUGGAGGAUGGAGGACUCACUCAGAGAUCAUUAAUAUGCUUGCACGAUGUGAAUCAUUCAAUAUCAAAUUUGAAAGAGCGGCCAAGCAAAGGGGUCCAAAGCCGGGAUGCAUAUCACUUACAUUUGACUCAAUCAGUUCUGCAAGAGAAGCAUUUACACAGGCUCAAAAAAUACGUAUUGAUGGUCAAGCUAUUAAAGUAGAAGCUGGUCCUUGCUUUUUUGCACCCGCAACAUGCCGUUCGCGACCGUUUUUCAAAGUCCCGUCCGAUGAAGAGGUUCGGAAACGAACCAUAUACGCUCUUGACUUGCCUACUUCUGCUGAACAGAGUUUGCUCAACAGCAUAUUUGAAGCUGAUCACAUUGAGAAAAUUACGUUUUUGCCUCUAAGGAGUCAGCACAAGCAAGCAGAGGUGGUUAUGCAUACAGAAGAGCAAGUAGAGGCUGCAAGGUCAGAAGAUGGAUUCGAACUUGAUGACGGUCAACAGCAAAGCGUAUUGAGAAUCCUUACUCCGGCUGAUUAUGCUGCAUUUGUGGAACAGGAGCAAAAGCCAAUACCAUUUGUGCCGCAAAUCAUCCCACCUUCAGCACCUCUCAAGCCGCCUGUAACUUGUGAGGCCCAGCCAACAGUAGCUCCACCUGCUGAUGUCAAAUUAGCACCGGUUCUCGACGAAGAUGAUGUAACGGAUAUGUUUAUAAAGUACGUUUCCGCACAUCGUGUUAAUUGGGCGGAAAUCACUGAUGUUAUGGAACUGUACACAAUUUGUGACGCUGUAUCGUCUCAAAUCGGCGGUUUGCCGGACAGCGUACUACGACCUGCAAUGUUGCACACUCUACAGCGACACCUAACAGAAGCUCAAACUGCUUGGAUGAGGGACCAUCUGCAAUUUCUAAUAAAAGGUUGGAAACAUGAAGUAAGGAGCGAAACGUUCGUUGAUCGGCCGACUUUCGUUCAAAUGAAAGCGGCCGAGUACGUACCAGUGGCACCAAGCAAGAAGCGAUUCAGAGGGAAAAAUUCGGCGCAAUCACGAGCUGGUCGGGUGUUAAUGGGUGUUGGAGCACUGUUGGAGGCGCAACGUAGCAAGCACGUUUUCUAAAUGGUAACUGAGGAAGGUGAGCUUGAAGUUGAAGAAGACGAUGACGGUAAUAUAACACUGGGUGGAGAAGCUCUAAGUUUUGAAACGUGGGCAAAACAAAAUCAAAAAGAGUGGAAAGAGAAAAAAGUGGGCGCAAUAAAGAUGCGAAUAAUGCAGCAGGCACGGGAGGAGCUUAAUGCACUAGACAAAAGUUUGGGAAAGGAGCGUCUAUCGAAGGAGGUGGAAAAUGGGAAGGAGAGGGUGGAAAAAUUGUCUUCAGAAAAACCGUCCAAGCCCCCGAAAGAGCUGGACGAAGGUGAAAUAGAUUCCGAGGAGGAACGAAAAGAGGAGAAAGCGAAGAAGCGGGCACGAAGGAAGGCUUCUAGCUCAUCAGAUUCCUCCAGCACUUCAUCUAGUUCUGAGAGUGAUGACGAUGGAGAUGCUCGAAAAAGGCGGAGAAAUAGGCGCAAAACUGAAAGAAUGAAGGUAUUAAUAUUUAUAAUAUUGGAUAAAUCACGUAUUGAAGACAAUUUUUAA